UUAUUUGCACGGUUGGGAAGUGCACAUGUAGUUUAUGUCAAAAACCGAUUUAGUAUUCCGCUCCCGUACAUGUCAAAAGAUAGUGCAGAUGUAUGUAAUUUAUAUUUCUAUGUGAGGACAGUUUAAGUAAGCUGCACUCUGCUUCUGGGACUCUGUCUCUGCUCUUACUGAGUGUUAUUAAGAUAGGGAACAAUAGAGUUUCUGAGAGAGGGGCAGGGAUGGAGAGUAUGAUGUGGGCAGCCAUGAAGUCCCUGCCUGUUGGGUACCGAUUCCACCCGACAGAUCAGGAGUUGCUCUGCCACUACUUAUAUAGGAAGAACAUCGGACUAGAAGAAUCCGUCUGCGUCAUUCCUGAGGUUGAUAUUUGCAGGUAUGAGCCUCCGGAAUUACCUAGAAAGUUCAGAGAAUCAUCGAUUGUGGAGUCAAAAGACCCCGAGUGGUGGUUCUUCUGUGAGCAGGAGCUCGGUCGAACCCCUCGGAGGUCAACCAAUGGAGGGUACUGGAAGAAAACUGGUGGCACCAGGGAUCUGAGGAGUUCAAAUGGCAAAGAAGUGAUUGGGUCUAAGAAGUUUCUAACGUUCUUCCAAGGAAAUAGUUCCAAAAGUACCAAGACUGACUGGGUCAUGCACGAAAACCACCUGCUGACCGAUUUUCCUGGCCUCGUCCAGGGCAAUAGGAAGAACUAUGUUUUGUGUAUGAUAAAGUGCAACUCAUAUGAGAAGGCCAAUUCAAGUCCAUCCCAUGAAUACGAACAGGACGAGCCUAUGAGUAUCAACAUUGCUGGUAUACUCGAGCCUGAUACUGACAAUGGUUUCAUACCAGAGAUAUGUGCCAUUGCGGCCUUUGGUUCAAGCGAAAAUGCAAUCGCUAGAACCCCUGUGCAGGAACCAACAGCCUAUAUUGGCAAACUUUGCAGAGCAUUUGACCAGUUCAGCCAAUUCCUGUCGAACACGAUUCAGAGGGGACUCUAUUCAGUUGGAUUUGCCCUUUUCUGCCAAUGAAGAGAGUGGUAGUUUCGUGGAUUUCUCAAAUCAGGUAUACAUAGACCAGGAUGACUACUCCAGUGGAUUUGGAACGCAGACAUCGCCAAAUAGAAGGCGGGGUUUCCUUGAGCUCCACGAAAAUUUCACCAGUUCAGCCGAUUCCUCUCGCUCCCAGUUCUCACUUGGAGGGGACUACUCUGGUAGAUUUGGAGCGCAGACAUUGCCAAAUAGAAGGCGGCGUUUCCUUGAGUUCCAAGGAAAUUUCACCAGUUCAGCCGAUUCCUCUUGUUCCCAGUUCUUGCUUGGAGGGGACUACUCCAGUAGAUUUGGAAUGCAGACGUUGCCAAAUAGAAGGCGGUGUAUCUUUGAGCCCCAAGGAAAUUUCACCAGUUUAGCCGAAUCCUCUCUCUCCCAGUUCUCGCUUGGAGGGGACUCUAUCAAGUUGGAUUGGCCAGUUGCUGCCAGUGAAGAGAGCGGUAGAUUCACGGAUUCCUUGAGUCAGGUACUCAUAUUCCAGGAUGACCACUCCGGUGGAUUUGGAACGCAAAUGUCACACAAUAGAAGAGACACAUUGAUGCCUCAUGAACAACAUGCGGUUAUUAUGGAGAAUAAACAGACACAAAAUAUGGAGUCAUUCCACGGUUAUGUCCCCCAUAGACGAGAAGAAAGGCAUUGUUGAAGAUGAUUUCCCCGAACCAACUGCUUCUUCUCUUCGAGAAAAGAGUCCUGAAGCGAAGAGCAAGAAAGAAACUCCCAAGAUUACUUCAUAUAAGCCGGCAGAGGCUAAAGCACAGAAGCACGCUCCUCCUAAGAUCAAAGAGGAAAUGUUAUCUGCCUGCUCAUCCUCGACUUCCAUCAACAAACCAAGAGAAGCAGCAAUACGAGUGGAAGGCCAAUAUCAUCUGCAGGAGAUCAACUCCAUUGUAGCUCUCAACCAACGCGAGGAAGCUGCUCGAGAGCUGAAACCGGUUGCCACCAGAGCAAAGCCAAUGUCUUCUUCCACCAGAAAACGUUCCAAUGACAAUCCAUCCAUGGUGUAUAUUCGGAAUCUGCUUGUAGGCGUUAUUUUGUUCAUAGCCAUUUUGUAUGAAAUCUUCAGCCUUUGAGACAUUAAUGCUCUAUAUGUGGGAUUAUUAUCCUCCGACGCCAAAGAUGUCGGUGGGGGUCCAACGUUCUGUUAGGUUGUCUACUAUUUGCCCAGGCAAGAUUUGUAAGCAUUCCUCCCGCAUGUAACUGUUGUCUGCUGCCAUCCGAGGGACUUCAUAUGCUGGAAAGUAAAGCAUCUUAUGUUAUUACUCCAUUCCA